AUGUCCACCAACGACCCUUUUGCCUUUCUUGAGCAGAGCGCGCCGCUCCCGGAGCGCAAACCCACCCGGCGGCCUACCCAAUGGAAAGAAAAACUGUUCAACAAAGAUAAACAGAAAAAGGAGUCCAAGGCCGCGGACCAGCAGAUCGAGGCGUUCCUGGGUCCAACCCGGACGCAGUCGAUAUCGCACAGUCAUGCCAUCCCGCACCCGCUCGACGGCCCGCGCGACCAGCCAACCCUACCGAACUUGGAGUUCAAUAAGUCUUGGUCACCCGCGCUGGAUCCCCCUGGUAUGUCGCCCCAACAUGCGAAGCCCCCCGCCGCGGAUUUCCGCCCGUCCGAGGGGAUGGCAAAGCCUCCUCACAAGUCCCGUCCCCGGAGAGGGACCAAGGUCCGAUUUUCAGACAAACUGCCGGAAUUGAUGGGGGAGGGCGGGGAUGAAUCGGAGAUCCCGACGGCGGAGAUGUGUCUGUGUCGCGACCGCGCACGCCAGAAACAAGACGAUGGCUCGACCCCUCCGCUUCGCGUGGAUACCUCGGGCGAGAGCCAUCGGCCCCUUCGGCGCCAGGACACCACGGCGCGCAAACCACCUCAGGUCACCAGUGCGCAGGACGCGGAUUUGCUCAUGGCGCUAGGGGGCGCAGGGGCAGGGUCCCGACUGUCUUUUCGCGCGUCGCCCGAGUCCAGUUCGUUUGCGCAGCAGGUCCGAGACAAGAUGCAAGCGGAGGAAGGCCGUGCCUUGCAUCACCAUUACGACCCCCAAGAGGACGAUGGCCAGCCGGCCCCUGACAGCCCGAGCUCCUCUUACGAAACGCCUCCCCUCUCCGAAACCGAGCCGGUCCCGCCUCCGAACCCUUUUCGAGACGCUUCGAGUCCCGAGAAAGCAUACAGUCCCGCGAAACCAUACAGUCCCGCGAAAUCAUAUAGUCCCGAAAAAUCAUACAGGCCCGAGAGAAUUUCCCCCAAGGCGUCGCCGGUCGAAUCGCUGCCGUCCGGUCUCGCACCGGGAGGAAGUCUCCCCAACCCGAACCCGUCCCCGCCCAAGUACCAGCCCGUCCGCAGUGGUCCGGUCCGGGAGGAGUCGAGCCGCCCGUCGACCGGAGACACCACGGGUUCCCGGAACGCGGCGCCGAAAUUCUCCCUGCGGACGGUGGCCAACCAGUUCAAUGACACUGCCUUUACGGAUCUGAAAGACCAAGUCCAAACCUAUUCGGAUCUCAUCCAAGAAGCCGCGGAGAGCGUGAAGCCGCUGAUGGAGACGUCUCUUGCGGAAUGGAUGAGGGCCGCCGUGUGGUGGUUUCUGCGGGGGAAGCGAAGGCUGGAGGCGUAUGCGCGCGCCUCACGUUCCGGCUCGGGCGGCCGGCCGGAGGACGCGAAGCAGGCGGUCGUUGAUCUAUGCAAGGCCUUGUGGAUUAUUGAGACGAUUGUUCCCGCGCACGGCGAGCUGAGUCGGUACGGCGCGAUGGGGGUGGAGGCGUUGCUCGCGGUCGUCAGCACCACCGGUGACCGGCAACUGGCGGACCUUCUAAGUCUGCAUCAGACCAUGUUGAACCAUCUCCGCUCCCUGGCCAUGUCGAUCAAGCGGAACAACAUCAUGGACACCAUCAUGUCAGCCGGGGAUGCGGGGAUGCGCGUCGAUACCACAGUGUGGGUCCGAUAUCCCUUUUUCGCACCGGACGUCUCCGCGGUGCUUUCGGGCGCGGCCUCGCGGUCCAUGUUGUUGGAUAAGUCAGGCAAGAGCCCCUCGCUGGUGCACAUGAUGCCGUUGAGCGACACCAACCGGUUCUUCACCUACGGGAGCAUGUUUGUGAAGGUGUACGUGAGUUCGAACGAAGACGACGGCCAGCAGCAGUUCUCGAUCCCGUGCGUGUUGUCCAUCGUCCGAGACCGGGCCGACUGGUACGUCUGUGCCGCUAUUAGCAGUCAGAGUGAACUGGUCAACGUGAUGAUCCAGUCCGACCGCAAGAAAGGGCCGACUUGGGAGGAUGUGGAUUGGCAGGUCCGGUCGCACUCGAUGGGAGUCAAGCUGCCUCGAGGCUUUGAACUCGAUAUCGUGUUCGACGAGGAGGAUUUCAAGAAUCUGUGGAAUAUCGUGCAGUACACGCAGAAGACCGAGGCGAGUUACCACCACGAGGCUGGGGAGACCAUGGUGUUCGAGAACGUCCUCAAGUCGUUCAGUUACAUGGACCCGGGCUCGACACGGGGCUUCCCGGCGGAGCCCGUCGAGCGGUGCCGCCUGCGGCUGUUCGAGCGGACCGUGACCCUGACUGAAGGGACCGGGACGCGGAGUGCCCACCGAGGCUUCCGGCUCGCCGUGCUGACUAGCCCUAAGUUCAAAACGCUGAGCAGUGUGCGCCACAUGUUCGGCCAGGGGGCACCCAUCGUGUUCGGCCUCCUCCGGGGUGUAGAUGGAGCGCCCGCGCUUGCGCUCAAGGUCACGGAGGAUGGCCGAACGCGGACCAUGCUGAUGACUUUCCACGAAGUCCCGGAACGGACCGCCCUGCACUCCCUCAUGCUGGGGAUGGUGCCCCAAGAGGGAGAGAUCAAGACGCCGGACAUUCCCCUCCGCGCCUACUCGAUCGAACAGCCCGCUGACAAGCUGACCGGUUCGCCGGCCAAAACGCAUCUCCAGUUCCCCGCGGGAGCCGUUUCCGUGAUCGACCAGGAGCACGGGUAUGUUGAACACGGCUACGGGCCCACGAUUUUAUCUGAGACUCUGCGGGCCUUUAUCGCGACGGAGUGGGGUUCUGCAACGGACCGCAUCAAUCUUGGCCCUGGCGAGCUGAGACUCGGCCUUGAUAUCAAUAACCGGACGGGACUUAGCCUGUACCGACCUGCACAGCAGGAUCUGACGGUGUCUGUUGCUGAGAAUCUGAUUGCUCCGGAGAUGCCUGAGAAGUUGACGGAGUUCUUGCAAUUGGCUCAGGUCAAAUCGACGGUGCGACGGUUCGACUUUGCGACUGUGAAGGAUCUCCACCGAUUCCAACGCGCAGUGACGGGCUUCCAAGUUCUUUUUGAUAGUGUUGCUUCGUCACUCUCCAUCUCGCGACGCCGGAUGGUGGUGCCCAUCCACAAGAAGUGGGAAGCCAACCUGGCCCGUAUCCAGAUCGUUCAACAGGACAAGGUCAUCCAGCUGAUUGCGUUCCUGAAUGAUUUCAACCAUGGAAAAUGCAUGAACUUCGUCCUCAAGGGCACCGACACCCUGGAGAGUUUCGGGCGGCCCGGCAAGUUUGGCGUGCGGGUUCUGGACGCCAAAUUCGCCCUUCCACGGACGGACGACGACCCGACGGCGGACUACGUGUGUUUGGACAUGCCGGAGUAUCCUCUCGAACAUGACGAUAUUACCAUUGUAUUUGAUUCCGAAGAAGACGAUGACGAUAUUCGGACCGAAUCCGAUCUUGCGCAAUCGGUCGUAUCACGUGGCAACCCCUCCUGGCUCCACUUGAACCACUCGACCUCCAUCCUUCCUCCAACCCCGCCAUAUUCCCACCACCCAUCCCAAUUCAUCACCAUGGCACCCCUCGGACCCGACGUGGGCAUCUCCACACGCUCCCUACACGCAGAUGAUGCUUUCAAUGUAGCCACCGAUGUGGCUCCCCCGCUGCACGUGGCUACUACAUACCGAUACGCCGCGAACCCAGAUGAUCUCGUCCCGGCGCGGGACCGCAGCUUCGGAGAUGACCCAACGGAGCACGUCUACUCUCGUCUUUCGGCCCCCAGCAUGACUCGUUUCGAAGCCAUCCUGUCGUCUCUACUCAAAGGCAAAGCUAUCAGCUACUCGUCAGGGCUGUCGGCCUUUCACGCCGCACUCGUCCUGCUGAACCCCCGCCGGAUCUCGAUCGGCCAGGGCUACCACGGCUGCCACGGCGUCAUCGCCAUGGUCAGCCGCAUGACGGGCCUGGAGAAGCUGGACCUCGACUGUCCGGCGGAACAGCUCGAGGCAGGCGACGUGAUCCACCUGGAGACACCCGUGAACCCCGAAGGCACAGCGUUCAACAUCGCCGCGUACGCUGAGAAAGCCCACUCCCGCGGCGCCUAUCUGAUCGUCGACGGCACGUUCGCGCCGCCAGGCCUGCAAGAUCCGUUCCAAUGGGGCGCCGACCUCGUCAUGCACUCCGGCUCCAAGUACUUCGGCGGUCACAGCGACGUACUCUGCGGUGUUCUCGCCACGCAGCGCUCCGACUGGAUCCGCCAGCUCUUCGAAGACCGCAUCUUCCUCGGCAGCGUCAUGGGCAACAUGGAAGCCUGGCUCGGCGUCCGCAGUCUCCGCACCCUCGAGAUCCGCGUCCAGCGCCAAAGCCGCAGCACCACGAACCUCGUCUCCUGGCUCGACAAGGCCCUCCGCACCCCCAACCCAGCACCAAACAGCGACGAAGCCGUCACGCAAAAGGCCCUCAAAGAAAUCUUCCACGCCAGCCUCCAGCCCCAAGACCCCUGGCUGCAGCAGCAGAUGCCCAACGGCUUCGGACCGGUCUUCUCGAUCGCCAUGCACGAGGAAGACUUCGCGCGCAAACUCCCCAGUAAACUGAAGUUCUUCCAGCAUGCGACGUCCCUGGGCGGCGUGGAGACGCUCAUCGAGUGGCGGACGAUGUCAGAUACGACGGUGGAUACGCGAUUGUUGCGCGUGAGUGUUGGCUUGGAGGAUUGGGAGGAUUUGAGGGGGGAUUUGGUGGGUGCGUUCAGAGAGUUGGUUGCUUAG